GCUUCCCCUCUCCCAUCUGCACAACUCUACGCCCCGACGCUCUUUACCGACGGUCCUUACCUUACGAAUCUUCACGAUACAUACACACGCACAGCAAAAGCUAUCUAUCAUCCAUAUGGGCGUCUCUGUAACCCCCGUCCGCAUCCCGACGCUCAAUCAAGCGACGCAAUCUAAGCAGUUCGGCAAUCUCAUUCGUUCAGACCUCUGGUUCUGUGACGGCAACGUCAUCAUAAUCGCCUGUUCAGUAGCAUUCAAGGUUCAUCGCGGGCAGCUGCGCCGGCAUUCCGUUGUCUUCGACGACUUGUUCAGUAUCCCCCAGCCACAAGACCAGGACCUGUACGAUGGCUGUCCUUGGAUAGAGGUAUACGACUGUCCCUCGGACAUGCUUUAUUUCCUCAAGGCGAUAUAUGACGGUUUGUAUUUCAAGUCGCCCGGUGCAAAUGACUUUCCCGCUGUCGCUGCUACUCUCCGCCUUUCAACCAAAUACAUCGUCGAAUCCCUGCGCCAGCGCUGCAUCUCUCGCUUGGAUCUUGACUGGCCAUCGACGCUCGCUGGCUGGGACCAACGCGAAGCCAGCGCGACUGAUGCUCAGGGCCACUACUCUCCGCGUGCUGCUUGCCCACAUCCUGUGCUUACCAUAGAAUUCGCGAUCGAUCUCGAUCUGCGCACCCUUCUUCCCGCCGCGAUGUACGAUCUCGCUCGCUAUGGACCCAGCAAGAUUCUUAGUGGCACCGCGCCUGUCAAGAAACACUCUUUCGGCGCAACCUCCAGGCAAGAUCCCGCUCAAGAAACCGACAAGCCGCGCCUUACGACGCUCUCUCCGGCACUGCUGGUCGCUGUUUACCGUGGACGGGAACAGGCUCAAAAGUUUCUGUCUGAUUUCGUUGUCGAAGAGCUGCAGGGACGCGCGCCUGCGAGAGAUUGCGCGCACUCGGAGGAUUCUGCGGCGAGCCGGUGGUGCCGCGAGUCGUUCUACUUCAUCAUGCUCAAUGUGCUACGCUCGGUCGGCGGAAUCGCAUGUGGGCGGGAUGCGGAUCCGCUUUUUACGCUGGUGCAAGCCGUUGACAUGCUCUCGCGAACGGACUUUUCGGACGGACAUCGGCAGUGUGGACUCAAAAUCUGCCAUCCGUGCAAAGUGGAUUUUGCCAAGGCGGCGAACCGAGCGAGGGAGCGUGUGUGGAAACUCCUACCUGAAUGGUUUGGACUCGAAGAAACACAGCCGAUAUCGGAGGAGAGUGACGGCGAGGCCAUGGAUGUCAAUGUUCUGAGCGAGGACGGGAUUGAGUAGUUGACUGUCUGAUCGCUAGCUGUUGUCACUGUUGGAAUCCAAUUCGCUGGUAUAUACUAUCCCAUCAAGCUGCUACCUCCUCCAAUCGUGACAUGUUUAGUGUGCCGCGACUGAACGCCUCUGCCAACGCUGAAAAGCCACCCUCCUUGACUUGAGAGACGAAGAAAUCGUGUUGGUCGGCGAGUCGCUCGUUGUUUCUCCGGAUCUGCUGGAUGACACCGUGUUCUCGGACACAUAGCGGGCACUCGGUCUCGCUUUCCUG